GCGCACGCGAUGGAUCCGCAGCAGCGCCGGCUGUUGACGUGGACCUCGCGCGCGCUCUCGGACGCGAAAUUAGAAACCCCACAACGGUCUACCGAAGAACCCCUGGUCGGCGUGUACGUCGGCGCGGCGACGACGGAUUACGGCAAGCUCGCGUCGGACGCGGACGCGACGCCGUCGGCGACGGCGGCGACCGGAAGCGCGUUUCUUUCCGUCACCGCGGGUCGAUGUGCGUUUACUUUAAACACGCGAGGCCCUGCGAUCGCGAUCGACACCGCGUGCUCGUCCGGACUCGUCGCGACGCACGCCGCGCGCGCGGCGAUCGAUCGUCGCGAGGACGACCGCGGCGACGCGCGGCGACGACAACUACAAGUCGUCGCCGGAGUGAACUUUUUGCUGCACCGCUCCACGACCGCGAUGUUCCACGCCGCGGGCAUGCUCGCCCCGGACGGGCGGUGCAAAUCCUUGGACGCGAGCGCGGACGGGUACGUCCGCGGCGAAGCCUGCUGCCGCGCGGUAUCGCUGAAGGGCACGAGCGCGAGUGCGAGCGCGAACGCGUCGUUCGAUGGACCCGGCGACGCCGUCGUCGUCGUCGGCGGCGCCGGGGUCAAUCAAGACGGCCGAAGCAGCUCUCUCACGGCGCCGAACGGCCCGUCCCAACAAGCGGUCAUCCGCGCGGCGAUG